AUGUGCCCGUUGGGGAACCGCCGCGCGACGCUUCGACGAUUUUUAGUAGCGCGCAAGUAUAGUUUGGAUAACGCCGAGGCCGCGCUGAGAGAGGCGAUGGAGUGGCGUAAGACAGUGAAAAUUGGCGAUCGUGUGGGCGUUGAUGCGAUCCUAGCGAGCGAACCACGAUGGGAUUUGCUCGCCGAUAACCGUAAGAUUAUGACGGGGACACCAUUUUUAUGCUACACGAAACAGGGGUUCCCGGUGUACAUGUUACGGCUGGGUAAGGGUGAUGCCGCGUUAGCGACGUCGGCAAGCGACGAAACGCACGUCUACUCUACGAUCGUACGCGCUGAGCACUUGGUGCAGUCGAUUAUCCCCGAGGCUACAGAGAGAGCGAAGAAGAUCAAAGCUGAGGGCAAGGAGCAAGAGGCUUCGAGCGACGAUUACGACGGUUUGGUGGAUAAGCAAGUCGUCAUCAUCGACAUGGACGGGAUAGGUAUGUCGGCGUUGAGAUGCCUCUAUGUGUUGAAGACAAUCAAUAGCGUCGCUUCGCACAACUAUCCGGAGCUCUCCAAGGCCAUCUACGUUGUCAACGCGCCGUCAGCGUUUGACUACUUGUGGAGCGCGGUCAAACCUCUUCUCGCGGUGCACACGCAACAUAAAAUCAAGAUUUUCAGCCAAGCAGAGUCGCAGUAUACUGGUUUGCAAAGAUUACUUGAGGAUGAAGAUAUUCCCGACUUCCUCGUGCCGGAAGGUCACACGCCAGGACAGAAGGACUGCGUUACGACAGUGGACGGUUUCUUACCGACGACUGUGAAGAAAAUGGAUGACUGGCUCAAAUGUCUUUGUAGUGAGCAAGAAGGUGAAACAAAAGGCGAUGAAGAAGUGAGUGCGACGAUCGAAAAGAUGAGCGCUAUUGAAAUCAAGGAAGAUUACGCCGCGGAAGCUUGA